UGACCUCUGCUUAUUCUGUACGGAGAAUUUAUGAAUCUCUGUUUCUAGCUGAGUGUUCUGUUAAUCAAGAAGACAAUUCGACAUAUUCAUUAAUAACCAUGGAUUUAUGAUGGUGGUUGAGCUAUUCUACUAUUUGCUCUACUAAAUACUCGGUAUACUUCACAAAUAAACAUUCCCCGCACUGAAGGCAGUCUAUCAACAAAGCUGCUCUACGUCUCAUCACCCCGCUUCAUAGUACUCCAUCCCCAGCGCCUUAAACAUGCAAUCAUCACAAGAUGAGCCCAGCAAUUACAUGGUACGGUGGUAUAUCGACACUCGGGACCUAACAGCAACCACCUCAUCCCUCCCUCUACUGGAAACACUCCAACCAUCAGAGCAGGAGUCGUCCAAACGUUUCUAUCACCUAAAAGACAAGCAUAUGUCCCUUGCCUCUAAUCUCCUGAAAUAUCUCUUCAUUCACCGAAUAUGUCGCAUCCCAUGGAGCCAAAUUACCAUCAGCCGAACGCCAGCACCACAUCAUCGGCCUUACUUCAACCCUACAGGCUUCAUCGAGACUGCAGCUACAGACAAGCCAAUUCCAAACAUUGAAUUUAAUGUCAGUCAUCAAGCAUCCCUGGUAGCUCUCGCAGGGACGAUUCUGCCGCCGUCAAGCAACAAUGACUCGAUUGCGCCUACCAAUGUUAUUAGAAACACCAAUCCCACCACUACACCCCCCGAAACUAUAACCCAAGUAGGAAUAGACAUCACCUGUGUGAACGAGCGCCGCAAUACCCCAGAAACUAGGCAAGCAUUGGAGGAGUUCGUCGGUAUUUUCUCUGAAGUCUUCUCCCAGCGCGAGCUGGAUACCAUCAAAAGCUUGCAUGGAGUGCCUUCACAUAUUGGUAACGACGAGGACGGCCUUGUGAAAUACGGGUUCCGGUUGUUCUAUACCUACUGGGCGUUGAAAGAAGCAUAUAUCAAGAUGACUGGGGAAGCGUUAUUGGCACCGUGGUUGAGAGAAUUGGUGUUCACGAAUGUUCUUGCGCCGGAGCCCGCAGUCCGGGACGUGCAACCCUGGGGUGAACCGUAUACUGGGGUCAAAACAUGGUUGUAUGGGAAGGAGGCGGAGGAUGUGAGAGUUGAGGUUGUUGCAUUUGAAAAGGAUUAUCUUAUUGCUACCGCGGCAAGAGGAGGUGGUAUUGGGCGGGGAAGUGGAAGAGCUGGUGCAGAUCCAUGGCAGCGGUUGGAGAAGAUUGACAUCGAAAAAGAUGUACGACCUUGCGCGACGGGUGUUUGCCAAUGUUUGAAAUAGAUUUAGUUUCGUCCCCGCUGACGUCGUGC